AGUCGGGUUUCUGCGCUUGUCGGUGUUGGGUGUCCGUCUUUCUCGACUCUUAUAAUUUUCGUAGUUUUAUUGAUAGAAUUUAAUUAGUUAAAUAUAAAUUGUUUCUAACAGAUAGAUUUAUGUUAGUGUUGAGUUAAAGUAACAGUGUGUUAUUUAUAUCUAUUAAGUGCCUAUUUAUAUAUUUUAGUGUGAUUUAUAUAUUUCAGACGAACCUUAAUUCAUUCCGAGGCGAGUGCUAUGGCCAAAACGGAGAAGUCUUUUCCAAGAAACUUUGCAGGUUGUUUAACAUGUGUCCAAGUACUGAAUAUAAUGGUGUUACUGGGUUUUAUGCUCAAUUAUGCUCUACGAGUGAACCUCACCAUCGCUAUUGUGGAAAUGAUAUACGACGACAAGAACAAUGUCACUGCAGUAGUCAACGCAACUCACGAUACCUUGAACGUGACAGAGCAUCCAGAACAUAUCCAACAGACCCGUUAUCACUGGGACACGAAACAGAAGAACCAUCUUCUAGGUUCUUUCUUCUGGGGAUACGUCCUAACAGAACUUCCAGGCGGUCGCCUCGCAGAAAUCAUUGGCGCUAGGCGAGUGUUUGGCUAUAGCACUUUGCUGGCUAGUUUCCUCACUCUCUUUACUCCGGCUGCAGCUUCAUUGGGCUUUGGAUGGGCAGUAGCUGUCAGAGUAGUCCUCGGGUUCAUGUUAGGGGCUACAUGGCCUGCAAUCCUUCCCAUGGCUUCGAAGUGGAUACCGCCCAUGGAUAGGUCCAAAUUCAUGUCUAACAUGAUGGCAUCAUCAUUGGGCGCGGCGAUCACCAUGCCGAUCUGUGGUUUUCUGAUCGCACACUUCGGGUGGGAGUCGGCAUUCUACUUCACUGGUAUAAUCGGUGUGAUGUGGUCGGUGGCCUGGUUCGCCGUUGUGUACGAUACUCCUGCACAGCACCCACGCAUCUCCGAGACAGAGAGGAACUAUCUCAUGAAAGCGUUGCCACAGGAGGACAACUCUAAAGGGCAUAUGCCGGUGCCGUGGCGUAGCAUGCUCCUCUCCGCUCCUGUUUGGGCCAUCAUCAUUACCCACGGCGCUUCCGUCUUCGGCUACUUCACCGUCGUCAAUCAGUUGCCUACUUACAUCGAGAGUAUCCUGCAUUAUAACAUCAAGCACAACGGUUUGCUGUCCUCUCUGCCUUAUCUGGGCAAGUACCUGUGCGCGUUGGCUACAUCAGUACUGGCUGACCACCUGAGACGGAGCGGGCGACUCUCCACCACCGCCGCUAGGAAAUUGUUUACCGGACUUGCUGUGGGACUGCCCGGCGUCAUGAUGUUGGUGUUGACGUUCUACGGCGAGGACCGCGUGUGGUCCAUCGCCAUCUUCACGACCGCUCUCACCAUCAACGGCGCCGUCACCGCCGGGUACCUCGGCAACGGGCUCGAUAUUGCGCCCAAUUUCAGCGGUACUAUCUUUGGUAUGGCAAACACCCUUUCGUCGUUUGGCGGGUGGCUCUCUACGUUCAUGGUGGGCGAACUUACUAAAGAGCAUAACACUGUCGAGCAAUGGAUGAUCGUGUUCUACAUUCUAUCGGCGACAUACAUUCUGGGCGCUCUCUGCUUCCUUUGCUUCGGGUCUGGUGAGAGGCAGCCUUGGAGCUGUUCUCAACCGGUUGCAACGAAACAGGAGGAGGAACCUUUGCACGAGGAGAAGGCUUAGAGAAACGAAGAACAGGUUGGGCUGCGCGGACCAACGGAUUCACCUUAAGCUCAUUAAUACGAUGCAAUUGUAGCGGAGGUAGAGCGAGCGCUAUAUACGCGUAUAGCGACGUCUCACUCUAAUAAUAGCUUUUGCAUCGCGUUUGGGACUGGUGGAACUUAUGGGAGCUGCAUAGGCCAGACUGAUUUGUUUAAUUACUAAGUUAAUGUUUUUAAGUAAUCGUAUGGAGGAUAUUCUCUGUUUUAUAGUUUUGUCAGACUUUGGAAUGUAAGAAAUACGCUGCAUUGUAAAAUAUCGAUUUAUUUAUCCAGGAACGCCAUAGAUGUUGCAUUUGAAAUAUGAGAAUUUUGUGUCGGUUAAAUUAAAUUAGAAUUGAGAGAGUAGUUACUAUAUAAUAUUGUUACUUUAUUUAUGUACCGGUCUGACGAAACUAUUAACUAUCAGUUUUGCGACUUCACUAAUAGAAAAAGUGACGUCACAAAACUGAUAUUACGAUCUAGCAGAUAUUUCGAUUAAUGUUUUGAAGACACUUUAAAACAUUCAAUCGAGAUUCUAUAGCGUUGCUAUGACGAACGCGACUAUUUAUAAAGUUUAAAUAAGAAUAGUCGCGUUUGGCGAAGU